AUGGUCGGCUCCAUCCUCCGCCAGUUCUUUUCCCCGGCGACACGGCGUCCCAUUACCACAGCCCUCUCAACAUCACCAAGUCAGCUGAUCCAACCAAGCCUCCGAACAUUCACAACCUCAGCACCCCGCGCAUUCGCUCCCACAACAGCUCGUCCAGCGACAUUGAACCAAGUCCUUCGCGGUAUCCGAAAGGGCAAGCGCGCACGUCACGCUGUCUCUCCUGCCCUGUCCAACACAAACUGUCCCGCUCUCAAGGGUGUCUGUCUCCGCGUUGGUGUUGUUCGACCCAAGAAGCCCAACUCUGGUGAGCGAAAAACCGCUCGUGUGAAGCUUUCCACUGGCGCUGUUGUCACGGCGUAUAUUCCUGGCGAGGGACACAAUAUUCAGCAGCAUAGUGUUGUGUUGGUGCGAGGUGGACGUGCACAGGAUUGUCCUGGUGUGAGAUAUCAUCUUGUUCGAGGAGCUCUGGAUCUGGGUGGUGUUGCGAGCCGAACAACAAGUCGAAGCAAGUACGGCACUAAGAAGCCAAAGAAGGCAACAGUUGGUUGA